AAAGCUCUGGGCAGGCUCCAUGUCACGCCUGCAUCCCGCCCUCAAGCGUCGCUUGGGGAGCAUUCCCCCAACCCGCCCCUUCUCGCGGUUCGCAGGGAGCCUUAGCUAUAGCCUCGCUUGCGCCUCGCUUCCCCGGGCCCCAGGGGGCGCGCGCCGCCUGCCUCCGCGUUCAGAAGGCGAACGUUGGAACGUUUGAGUUUCCACGGCAACGCGACGCUUCCCCUUCCGGACAGCUGUGGUCGCUGGGUGAUCGGGACAGCGGGGGCCGGGGGCGCGGCCGGCCUGUGAACGGAGGCGGGGAGACCAGCCCGCAUCCCCCCCAGGAUGCCGCUGAAGGUGGUGGUGGAGCUGCAGAUCCACGCGAUCACUUGCCCUGGUGUGUUCCUGCCGGAGAAGCAUGACAUUUACCUCAGUGUCUGCAUCAUGGGCCAAUACAAGGAGACAGAGUGCCUUCCUCCAAUUUUCCCUCUCUUGUUUCAUGAGAAGAUGUGGUUUGAAAAGGUAUUUGAAAGUGCUGUAGACCCUGCUGCUGUAACAGAGAUGCUUGAAAGCAAUGUAACAACGUUUGGAUUAAUUCAACUAGUAUCUUCAGUGGGGGACAGUCUUGCUUUUUAUGAAGAGAAUACUCGAGAUUUUCUCUUCCCAGAGCCCAAGCUGACUCCUGUGUAUCCUGGUGUGGAGAGAGAGUUACUAAUGAAAACAUCUCCUAGUUUCACAGGAAUUGCACCAAAAAUAGAAUUUUCUACAAGAACAACCAUUACUGAGCUUCCACUUCAAUAUAGAAAGCAGUUUUAUGGCAGAAACAGAAUGAGGAUACAAAGAUCUGCCUCUGUAUCACCCAGGCGAAGGAGCAUUUCACCAGCACAAUAUAAGACAACAAAGAAAAAGGAUAAUAAGAUCUGUAAGAGUCUUACAAGGUUAUUAAGAUCCCGCUCUCCAUCUCCAAAUGCUACAAAGCACCUGUGUCAGUUCUGCAAAGAAAACCAACAGCAGCAGUCAAGGCUAAGCCUGGGAUCUGUUGGGUACAAACUGGAUGCUGAAACCAGGCCACCAUUUGUUGUUAGACACGUAGACAGUUCUAACCCAUUUGGUGAAAAAUCUUCGUCACAGUUACCUUAUCGAAAUCCAAAACAAAAUGUGAGCUCAGCAAAGAAUUCGCUUGAAUUUCAAUUGAAACGAGCUUUAUCUUUUGAUAGCUGUGAAGCAUCAAAUUCCUCAGUUAAGGUUAUCAGGGAACCGGAUGAACAGGCCACAUCUGAACAUGAUUCAUCAUCUCUUGAAACAGAUGAACUUGUAAAUUACCCAGGCAGUUCUCCUACUCAAGGAGAUUUGACAUUUCACCGCACAGCGUCAUUUGCCACCUCCCCACAUUACAGAUCACCUAGUCCUGUUCGGAGUCCCUCUCCUCUGCAACACAGAUUAUACUCCAAUCCUCAUUUCAGUUGGGAAAAGAUCCACAAGAGAGUGCAGAAUCUCCUAACCUCAAACCAGGCAAAGCAGAGACUUUCCUUUGGAGCCACUGAUUCUGAAAUUGAUGAUGUCCUUGAAAGAAGGUCCAUCUCUUUGAGGAGUUCCCCUCAGGAUGAUUCACUGGAGCAAAGAUAUUACUAAGUAGUUGUCAUCAGAAAGGUAAGUGCCUAAAUGCUUCUCUUCACUUUUAGAUUUACUGGGAUUAUUUCGGAUCCAGGAACUUUAUAAAUUUUUGUAUUCCUGCAGGAAAAUCUGUUGUAAAAGUAUGCUAAGCAGCCCUAUUUCCUGACUAUACAACAGCAAUUUACUUGUAAUUGCCAAAAUAAGCUAUAUUUUUUGUGUUCUUAAACUCCCAGUCACUUUAAGAGCCAUUAUACUCAAAAAAGUGACUCUAAAAGUGGCAUCAUGGAUUUCCUUGUUUGCCAUCUCUCUAGGAUACCAUUUCAUUAGUUUACAUGAAAAACAUUUUUCUCUCUCUCUUUCUUUUUUUUUACCAAUUGCCAAUGCUGCAAACAUCAUAGUGGGAUCUGAAAGUCAUGCGAGGUUCUUUCUGGUUAGUACAUCAGCACUGGCAGCAAAGAUUCUGUAGCUGGAACUUUGUUUAACAGUUCUUGUUAGGUUUUUCAAAGGGGUCUAGGCAAGUUAAGGUGCCCAACUUCCAUUGAAUUUCAGUGGGAUUUGGGUGCCUAACAAUCUUAGGCUCUUUUGCAAAUCUCAGCCACUGUUAUAAGAGAGAACAGAAUCCAGCUCAGUCUUCCUCAGAUGUGUUACCUCUAAAUUAUUAGCAGGAGUAAAAAACUGGUCAGCUAUUAAAAUUAGGAAAAAUUACUGAGGUCUCUAGUGUAUGGUGACAUGGCUCAAGAUACAUACAGGGAGCAGAUUUGAUGAGUAAGAAGAUGGCAUUUUUACACAGCCCCUUUUCUGACCAUAACCACUCUUUAAUAUGUUUCUAUUUCUCAAACAUUUUUCUUCACUGGAGACUUAAUUUUUGAUCCAUUGACUCUGUGUGAAACAGCAGUCUGUGGUUUCAUUUCUCAGCCAGCAGACGAAGGGCCAGAUUCUAUCAUUCUUACAUUGAGUGAAAUCCCAUUUAAGUCCAGGGGAGCUUUGCCCAAUUAAGGAUUUCAGAAUUUGGCCCAAAGUGAUUUAGUUCAUUUGGAUUUUAAAGGACAAAUCCUGUGAGUAAACACACCUGUCAGCAUAUCCCUAAAGAGUAUGUUAAAUAUUUUCUUCUCCAUCAUAUGCUUGCUUUUUUUUUUUACCUAAAUGUCACUCAUUUUGAUGGGAUAUUAACAUUUUUUAUUAAUGGAAAACUGGGCAAAAUUCUGCUCUCAGUUAAUCAUGCACAAAUUCAACUUUAGUUGAGUGGCACAUGUAUAAUUGAGGGCUUACCUACAAGGGGGACAAGCCUGAAGCAGCUACUGCAGAAAAGCUAUUGCAGGAAGUAUUCAUUUAGACAAGGCCUUAGGGAGCACCUUUCUCCACCUUCCUCUGCAGCUGAGGAUGCAAUACAACAAAACAGAUAGUUCCAAACUUUGGAUAACAAAAUUGGUCCAAUAAAAGAUAUUACCUCACCCUCCCUGUUUUACUUAACUAGGUUUUCGAUAAUCAGGGUUUUAUUGUAAUUCAAAUGGGAAUUUGAUUGGGACACCAGGAUUAACAACAAUCACAUUCUUGCAAAAGGAGCCAGAGUAUCUUUGAUGACCACCCUGCAGCCAGGACCCAUCUUUCAUGUCUCAUUUGAAAGAUGUCCUCUCCCAUAGCACAGUGUCCCCAACACUAUACAAGGACAUAUGUUCAGUAAGGCCUCACUUACUGCACCACUUUUCACCGGCACUACUUCCUGCUGCAAUAAGGGCAUUGCUGGGGGUCUCUCGUCCAAAUAUUGAGAAGGUCUCACUCUUAGCUUAUGACAUCAGAUAAGAUCACCUCCUAACAUGGUAGAAUUGCAGACAGCAGCCCCUGUAGUUCUUUCUCCUUUGCUAUACCUGCCAUCCGCGUGAGCAGCCACCAGUGCUGGCAAGAUUAGGGUGAACAUAAAGGAUGGCAAGAAAGGUGGAAAUUCCCUACUUGCUUAAUUUGCACUGAUUUAGCCUAUGUGAUUAUUUAUAGAGGAACAUGGGUUCUAGUCGUGCAGUUGCUCCUCAGCCUAGCACUACAUUCUCUUCAAGAUGUGCAAUGACUUUAAGAAAAGUUAUGUAGAUCCUGUUCUGUACGGCUGCUGUCACAACUGAUGACACUCUUGAACCGGAUGCUGCUUAUAACUGUCUCUGAAAUGCCAAGUAUAAUUUAAAAUGUAAUUUUCACAGAUGACAAUAACUUAUUUUUUUUCUUAUUUCCUGAACUAAGAGGCUAAAGGCUGAAUGGGCAUGGAAACUGAACAGCUCUCUUACAAUCUACAAGUGUUUCCUCUAGGUCAAAUUUGAGUCCUAUGGGGGAGCUUUGUGGUGACGCUUGCACUGCUACUGAUUAUGCUGUAUCUGGUUUAUGGAUUAACGAACUACUGCAGUCUCCACCCUAACCAUAUUCUCCUAUAGCUUAUUUAAAUCCAUCUCAUUUUUAACAGGAAUCCAUCUCCGAGGCUGUACAUGGCUUAGAGGUGCUUUUCUCAGUGAGAAGUUUCACAGAGCACUGAUAGUGCAAGUAACAGCUUCUGCUUGAGAAAUGUAAAGUUGCACUAAAGACUUAUUUUGGCUGGUAGAAUUACAAGUUCUGACUUAAAAUCGAAGGGCUGAGGGAGCUCUUAGGCACUUGAAAUAUCGACUAAUUGCAAUAGGCCUCCUAAAUGUCUGGUUUAACAAUAGCAAAUAUUCUGUAAGCUGUCUUUAUGUUUACGUAUAUAUUGGUUAUAUAGCGAGUACUUAGGUGGUAAAUUUCAUGUACUUAAUUGCAUAGUAAUUACAUUUUACAACAGAAAAUCCUCGUGACAGGCCUGGUGGUAAUUACUAUAGGCCAAAUCGAUCAUUUCCAUGGAAGAUUCGUGGAAGCCAGAGAGACUGGGAGGUUUCCCCAGAUCAUUUUGGGGGAGAUAGGAUGGGCACAGUGUGUGCAGAGGGUUCAGCCCCAGAACUCCUAAGAGUUGAUCCAUAGGAAGCCAGGAUGGUCUAUUCAUAGACCCUGUGCCCCAACACUGACUCCAGGGCCUUGGGUGCCCUAGCAAGCUCCUUGGCAGUACAGCUGUAAUGGAGGCUCUUUAACAGGGUUUCCUUCCCAGGCCACUCCCUCUUGAACAUCCCUUCCAGGGAUUUUGGGGUCAAUGGCACAAAAGCAAGCUACAGAAAAAGUAAUAAAGCCUUAGGCUCUCUUACCUUUUCAAUUGACUCUGCGCAGUUUUGAAGGGGAUAAUGUGCAUAGCACCCUGUCCCAUCUGCCCUUCUCCAUAUGUGGCUUACUGCAGAAACAGAGAAUUGGGGUGGUGCCACAGAGUGACUGAAUCCCCUUCUUCGGAAGCAAGGUAAGAUCUGCACAAAAGCAUAAUAAUCCUGGUCCAAAUCCUGCAGGCAAAAGUCACAUUAGAUUGGGUGGGAGUUUUGCCCAAGUUAGGAGUGCAGGAUUAGGCUCUCUUUGUUUGGGAAACAUUGUUAACUGGAGGUGAAUUAAUAAGUACAUUAAGAGGACUUAAUUUUGUGUCCUGUAACUUAAAAUGGUUUUUCAAAAUCGUAUUUCUCUGAGAUUACAAUUUACAAUUACCUAAAAAACUACUUGCCUGUAAAACAGACUUCAAAAAUGAUUUUUUUAAACAAAAAUUCUUGGAGCUAUUUUGUAAUAUACACUCUAACUCCUUUAGCAGAGACAACUCAACAACUGCUGGACUCCAAUUUGAAGAGUUGAGACGGACGUCUCCAUCUCAGAGUUGAUCAGGGGUUCAUUUUCUGUGUGGUGUUAUGUCUAAUCUCUUUCUUAAAGUGAGACUCUGUAUUGUGCUGGAUAAGCAUGGCUGAUUAAAUGAUUGCAGUGUGUGGCUCA